AGCGACUGGUCCUGGUAUCACUGGCUGGACCACCAGGCCUGGUGCUGCUGCAGUUGUGCCCACACCCCCAGGUGACAGGUGUGGUCCUGUUGUGCGUGGGCUUAUGGUGGAAGUUCAUGUUGGGCCCCUACAUGCUGCUGAUCUCCAGCAGCCCCUCCAACGCUCCGUACGUCCUCACCGGAACCGGGGCUGCCAUUGUCCUGUUUGGGCUGUUUGGCUGCUUCGCCACCUGCAGGGGGCGCCCCUGGAUGUUAAACCUGUAUGCUCUCUUUCUGUCUCUGGUCUUCAUCACUGAGCUUGUUGCCGGAAUUUCUGGAUUCAUCUUUCGCCACGAGAUUAAAGGGACAUUUCUGACGACGUACAGCGACGCAGUGAUGAAGUAUGAUGGUCGAGACGACAGAAGUCUGGCUGUAGACAAUGUCCAGCGCAGAAUCCCCGCCAGCUGUUGUGUUAGUUUGUCCGACUGCAGUGAAGCUGACCUGAAGAACAUAACUCUGGCUGGACAUAAAGCCUACAGACAGGGUUGUUAUGAAAUGGUGACGACCUUCUUAGAGAGCAACAUGGGCGUCAUUGCUGGCGUUACCUUCAGCAUUGCCUUCUCUCAGCUGACCGGGAUGUCUUUGGCCUGUAGUUUGGCUCGCUUCAUCAGCACCAACCAGUAUGAGAUGGUCUGACAGGUAAGAACAC